AUGGCAACUGACAACAUUGACCUAGCUAGUGUUAGCGAUUACAACUAAUGUACAACGUAAUUAGUUGAGGGUUUUUUUUUAUUAAUAUUUGUGUGAUACUGCUCCAUAUUUGUCGGCUAUUUAAGGUGUUUCUAUAACACAUGCUCCUCUAUAACACUGCUGACCGGCUGGUUUUCUGACGCACAAACUUUUUCUGCUAACUAGCUAGAGUUAGCUAGGUAAUAAAAGUACGACAGUUACCUUAACAUGUGCUCCACUGGCAGUACAGAGGAUGUUUUGCAGCAGAUGAGCAAACUGUGGUCCAUGCUGGAUGAUCUCUCUGAAAAUGACCCAGCAGCCUACCGUACGCUUAUAGAGAAACAGAUGAAGGAAGGAGCUGAAUUCAGAGCGCCGCCCGAGCUGGACACCUGCCUCUGCACUGAAAUACUGAAACCAAAGAAAGGCCUGCUGUACAUCAACAUAUGCGGCUGGAAACGUGUGCCUGCGCCUCAGGAUUCUAGCAGGCCUUUACCAGUGUACACUGGAAAACUGGAAACAGGCACAAAUGAAGAUCAAGGCUGGUAUACUGUGCUGGAUGUGGCAUUAAAUCCUGUGUUGCUGCAGGAAAGUAGGGAGAACAAAGCAGAGAUUAACCAGGUCUAUAUGCUGGCCCUGAGCUUUGCCCAGAAGCAGCUUGGGAUGACGUUAUCGCAGGAGUACAGAGUUGUCAACAGUAGCCCAAAUAGUAGCCCAGAUGAGUUGCACCGCCGGCUUGGAUUUCAGAAGUUGUCCAGUGCCCCCAAACAACCCAACACAGGUAAUCUGAGCAUGUCCAAGGAUGACGUCUUACUGGAGGUGGAGGAUCUUUACUAUUUGCUUGUGGACUUCCCAAAAACUGUAAACGAAGACACCGCGUCGGCCAUCUUUAAUAAGAAGAAACGAAGACUUACAUUGAAAGUGAAUGUCUUGUGAUCAUUUUCCUUAAUUAAGAAACAAAUGCGCAGUGUUUGUUAAGCUAGCUAAACACUGGCAUUGAAAAUGCCUCAAACAAAAACAACAAAACUCCUGUUAUGCAAUGUACAAAUAAAAAAAAA